UGGUCUCUUCUUUUAUUCAGGGCCACGGUUCCAGGUUUUCUUCUCCUCCACAUAAAUCUUUGUCCUGCUAAUUGUUUUCGCUUUUAAAUUCAUGUUUCUCGGUUCUUGAAGAGUGUGGUGAUGAUGCAAAUUUUGUGGACUAGAGUUUCUGAUCCGGCUUCUUCUCCGGAAGUUGACGAACAAUCCCUUGGCUGUCUGAGCACCCUUCGUGAAUCUGUAUUCUUCUUCCACCAAACCCAGUUUUCUUUUCUAUUUAAAAAUCUUGGGUCUAUUGUUUUUUGAAAGUCGUUGGUGAUUUGGUAAAAUCCCUUUUCCCUUCUUUUGUUGUCUCUUCACCCCCAUGGAUUGGUGAAUAACAGAGGCAGAGAAAAGGAUUUUCCCAAACCACUGAUUAGUUUUGGUUUUAUGCAUGAUUUCCCCAGAUUGGAAUGAGGCUGAUGAUGAUAGUUCAAAUUAUCUUAGCGGAUUUCAGUGAGAUAUUUUAUCAAUGAUCUGAUUGUUACACACACUGAGGCCUUAAUUUAAUUAAUCUUUGAAUUUUGAAAAGUAAAGGGAUAUGUGGAUGCUGUGAUGAGAUGAAGCACCUAAAGGUGUUUGAUGGGCAGUGGAUUGGACCUUCUAAAGGUCUCCCGUGAGCCCUUUAUAUUAACGACUUCUCCUUCCACUGAGCAUUAAUUCAUUUAUCUCUUUGCAUUUUUGUUUGUUUUGUACUUGUUUUUCAAGCAUAUAUAAAUAUUAUUUGAAGCAAGCGUCCAUUACCAAUUCUGGGGGAGAAAUUGUUCCUCUUGGCAUAAUGGCUCGGACGCAAGAUUUAAUUUAAAUGUGGUUAUCCUGAUUAUUGGCUCCUUUUCUUCAUGCCCUUGAUCCUGGAAACGCCACACACAUUUGGAGAAUUCAAGUUGCAAAUUUAGAUUUCCCAGUCUAUUGUUUGUUGUCUGUCUAACGUAAUUAAAACUUGUUUGUAGUAAUCUCUAAGUUCUAAUAUUCACUCAUAAUUAAGAUGACUUCAAACAAUUUGACCAUUAGAGGUGGUUAAGAAUUUAAAACUUUAGUCUCAGAUGUUGAGGCAAUUCUUGGAAGACGUUCGAAAGUUGUAUUCCAUUUUUUGGAAAUCUAUUUGGUACCUGAAACUUAACCAAAAAUUAACAUUUUGUGGAUGAGAUGUUGUAGUUAGUGGGGAGUCAGUUGGGUUUUC